AUGCCAGUUUCCAGCUCCAAACAUCCUGGGGCAGAUAACAUCGAAAUAUCCGACUCUGAAUCUUCAACUGCUGAAAUCUAUCCAUCCAAACGUCGAAAAGUUUCUGAAGGUUCUUCUCAUUCUUCUCACACAAUGGCGAGUGCGAACCUUGCAACAAUGAACAGCCACCUCAAAGGGCGGAAAAGGUUCAGGGCCGAUGUGGAGGUUAUGAAGGAAGCUUGCCAGAAAGGCUUCAUGGCUUACGAUUUUCAACUUACGAAGUUUAGCCCUGGAGACGAAGACGGCUCUUUUGAGAUACAUGUAGCCACUAAAAGCGGUGAACCCAUCGUUUCUGUAAAUUUUCUGAUCUCAGAUACCUCGGAUUACCCAAAGGACCACAGCUGUUUCGCUCACUCCAUGGAAAGCGAUCCACCUGUAAACAUUCAGAGCGUGAUUGAGAACGUAUCCACCUCUCCUGCACGCACAAUCGCCGAAACCGUGGAGAGCAUGCUGUCCAACAUAUCAAAGGCGAUGACUUACGGCGAUGCCGCUAUGGAAACAGGGAGCGAAGAUGACGACGAGGAAGACUACGAGGUGUACGAUGUCGACGACGAGUUCGAAGACCCUGCCUAUGCGGUCGGAACAACCUCUAAGUUCCAGCUGGGUUGCUUACAACGCGAUUUUAUCGACACAGUCGCCAGUCUCUACCGCCCAGGCCUCAUCCGUUUCGGCCUUAACGAUUUUUGUAUCAGUGUUUCGCUUUCAGUCGUCAAAUUGGCGGAGUCCAUUCCCCCUCGUGCCCUUAUGGCUUGGGACCGGCGCUUGUUGUCCCGCUCGCAACACCUCGUGCUUCUCAUAUCAGGCUUCCGCGGCGUCUAUCCGCCACCAGAUCUCACUGCAGCGGGACGAAGGGAAGGCAGUACAGCAGGGUCUACACCACUUACCUUCAGGGUCGGCCUUAGCGGUAAAUACAAGCCUGGAAGAGAUCAAGCACGGGACGCUCAACGUAAUUAUGGAUUGAUAAUCAGAGACGCUGAGGAUGAACUGCAAGCUCAGAAGGAGAAGGAAAAACAGGAAGCGCUUGCCGCUCUGUAUGAAUGGGAUGGGGAAGGAGAGGACCCUAUGGCGUCAGCCGAUAUGCCUCCAGUGGGGGAAGAGGAGGAGGAGGAGAUAGAGGUGGAUGAAGAGGGCUUUGAUAGAUUCAGUUUGAGUUCAUCUCUCGAAUCUCUCAUGGAUCAAAACUUCUCAAAAUUAGUGGAAAUUAGACGACGGCAUAGGAUUGGCUGGGCCGGAGCUGAACUAGUCUUGUGGGAGGUCGAGCAAAAUCAGAUCCCAGAGAAAGAUAUCGUCGUUUUGAAAGCCAAGGAGAUUAAGGCUGUAGAUGAUGAGGAACACGGCUUCGCUGAUAUCAAGAAUCUCCCCCACGACCCCCUCGCCGGUCUAGAACCAGAGGGGGAGAUUAACAUACCAUUAACAGCGUUUUGUUAUCUCAUCAGAUGUCUGAUUCUCUGCACACGUUACUGUAUCGUUUGCCAUAGGAGGCUGGAAACCGACUAUGAAGCGCUCAAGCCCUACGUCUGUGGCGCGAAACUUUGUGCUUAUCAAUACUAUACUCUCAACCAGGGUCCUUCUCUCGAGUAUGAGAUUAUUCACAAUCCCAGGAGCGUCGAUCUACUCGUUUCUCUAACAUACUCUGCUGCAGUAGAAGGAGGUCUCGACGAUCCUCUUCCCGUUGGAUUGGGUUUACAAGUACCCGAACCGGACAUUUCAAAGGUUUCUGAUGCACCAACUCCUAUGCCAGCGAUUGCGAUUGCAGGGAUGCCGCUUGCACAAUCUACUCCUUCCGCUCAGUCCGUCUUGAAUGAAGUGGUCUCCCUUAAGGAUGUCCCGCUUCAUGAUUUUGACAGUCUCGGUCUCAAACAGAUGCGAGCUUCCGUCGCACAGCUGAUCGAUUCUCUCCCCGGUAUUGACGAUAUGAGGAAAUUUCUUAUGCGCAAACGCCGCACAGGAAAACCUGUACCGAAAUUGGUGGAUUGUGAUCCAACGGUGAUUCCUGCAGCGUGGAAGAUUUUGCGAUGGAUUGUCGGUUCUUGUACCGCGUACUUGGAGGAAAUCACGGAUCCAAACGAAUGUGUUCGAAAUAUCGAAUCGUCUUGGCGACAAUACAGGUUCAGCGUUGGCGCGCCUGAUGCUGAAGCCAAGUUCAAGGCAUCGGUGGAAGAAGCUCAAGCUACGGAUACCAAUUGUCAGCAAUAUCCUUCUCUAUUUGCAUUUCAUGGCUCUCCGCUGAGGAAUUGGCACUCGAUCAUUCGUCAUGGUUUAUGGUUCAAGACCGUUGCCCAUGGCAGAGCAUACGGACAUGGAGUCUACAUGGCAAAGGAAGGCACGAUCUCUCUGGGCACUUACUCGGCUGGUCAUCGUGUUGGCAUUUCCGGCUGGCGCAAGUCCAAAAUAGGAGCAACCAGCUGUGCCGCUCUGGUCGAGGUUGUGAAUCAACCUUCAAAGUUCGUCAGUAACAACCCGUAUUAUGUGGUCCAGCAUACCCAAUGGCUCAUUUGCCGAUAUCUCCUGGUGAAGACUGGUUCCGGGAACGAUGGCACGCCCUUAACUACUAACAUGACGGAGAACAAGGCAGAGGCAGAGAUAUCCAACCAUGUGCCCUACGUCAAACUUGACCCGAAGCAACCGAUUACGCUGAAUAGCAAACCCCUCGAAAUUCCAGAUCCUGGCCAUAAACUCGAAGUUCUGAUGCGAGAGAGACGCAAUGAAUUCGGUUACCAAGAUGAGGAGAUGGAUGCGACUGAUCAGGAGGUGUUCAACUAUGUCGAAGGAGCUGAUUUCAACGGAAAGGGAAAGGGAAAAGAGGUCCAGCACAAUGGCUAUAUCGACAUAGACUUUGAGAUGGACGCCGCCGCCCCUGGUACAACGCACCACUCCUUCGCUGUAGGCGACGCUUAUCAUUAG